UGCGGGGCUGCGCUUCCGCCCGCUCGCGCUGCAGCCGGGACUCGGCAGUGGGUGGGCUGGCGAUGGAGCGGUGGUUGCGCUCCCAGCUUCGGUUGUGGCUGCUGUUGCUACUCCUGCCCCCGGUGCCGGGCCGCCAGAAGGAGUCAGGUUCAAAAUGGAAAGUAUUUAUUGACCAAAUUAACAGGGCUUUGGAGAUUUAUGAACCAUGUUCAAGUCAAAACUGCAGCUGCUACCAUGGUGUCAUAGAAGAGGAUCUGACCCCUUUCCGAGGAGGUAUCUCCAGGAAGAUGAUGGCGGAGGUAGUCAGACGGAAGCUAGGGACCCACUAUCAGGUCAUUAACAGCAGAUUAUACCGAGAAAAUGACUGCAUGUUCCCCUCAAGACAUCAGAGUACCAUGAUAUCAUGUAUCCUGCUUGGACAUUUUGGGAAGGAGGACCCGCUGUUUGGCCAAUAUAUCCUACUGGUCUUGGACGGUGGGACCUCUUCAGAGAAGACCUGGUCAGCAGCACAGUGGCCAUGGAAAAAGAAAAAUUCCACAGCAUAUUUCCGAGGAUCAAGGACAAGUCCAGAACGAGAUCCUCUCAUUCUUCUAUCUCGGAAAAGUCCAAAACUUGUUGAUGCAGAAUACACCAAAAACCAGGCCUGGAAAUCUAUGAAAGAUACCUUGGGAAAGCCAGCUGCUAAGGAUGUCCAUCUUGUGGAUCACUGCAAAUACAAGUAUCUGUUUAAUUUUCGGGGUGUAGCUGCAAGUUUCCGGUUAAAACACCUCUUUCUUUGUGGUUCACUUGUUUUCCAUGUCGGUGACGAGUGGCUGGAAUUCUUCUAUCCACAGCUGAAGCCGUGGGUUCACUAUAUCCCAGUCAAAACAGAUCUCUCCGACGUUCAGGAGCUGUUGCAGUUUGUAAAAGCAAAUGAUGAUGUAGCUCAAGAAAUUGCUGAAAGGGGAAGCCAGUUUAUUCUGAACCACUUGCAGAUGGAUGACAUCACCUGUUACUGGGAGAACCUGUUGACUGAAUACUCUAAAUUCCUGUCUUAUAAUGUAACAAGAAGGAAAGGCUAUGAUCAGAUUAUUCCCAAAAUUUUGAAAACUGAACUCUAGUAGUCAUCAUCGAGCCAUAGUCCUCUCUAUGGCAGCAGAUCUCAGACAUCCUGUGGUGAGAAGCUCACUGUGAGUGUGACACCUAUACCUUGGAUACUAUUACCAAGCCAAAUAUCUGGUUUUCCUUAUCAUGCUGCACCAAGAGCAACUUUCGAGAAAGAUCCAAAAUGUGUUUAAUAUAGAUAUGAAGCAGCUCAACGCUUUGGCUGAAUAAGGACCAGAAAUCAUGAGAUGUGGGUUUUGAACCCGAUUCCGCCUUUCAUUUUCUUAGGACCAAUCACAGCUUGUGCCUCAAAUCAUCCACAUGUGUAUGUCCCUCACUUUGGAACCGACUGUGCCCACGGGGUGAUGCCCUUUGUCUCAUUGUUUGGAGUAGAAAGUCAAUCAUGUGGAACUAGUACAACCCAUCACCACAGCUCUGCAGUUAUUCUACACUUGAUUUCUGUCGCUAUGUUUUAAUGUAGAAAGCCCUUUAGGGUUUGUGAAAAAUACUUGGGGAUUAUUUCCUAAAAGGUCUAAGGAAGCAGUAGUGUGCCAUGCCAUGAUGUAGGAGCUCUCUUCUGUAAAAGCCUAAACUCUUUGGUACUCAGGAGAUUUCUAAAAAGCCACGUAGAAGGGGGCCAAUUGCAUGAGCAAUUUUUGCAAUUGGAUUUCAAGUUCCCUUUUUGUAACUUCACACCCUUCUUUAUGCUCUCUUUCAAAAAAAAGAGAUAAAAACCUCUUAAUAAAUUUAGGAAAUGGUCCUUACUUUUUAGAGGAAUUGUGCAUAAACCAGCAUCUCUUCCUCAUUCUUCACACGCCCUUAAUGUUUUUCCUCCUUGAGUUGGCAGUAGUCCAUGCUUGCAGGGAUCUCAAGGAGUCUUCAUGUGUGAAAUGGUGUUAAGUUGGGAGUUUAGAGCAUUCAACUUUAGCACUUACUUAUAUAGGAGAUGUUUGUUAUAGUGCACAUCCACGUUGGAGUGCUUCCUUUUCCCUUUUUGAAAAAGACACUUGGAUAGUAGUUUAAUCUCUCAGGCUGUUCUCCCUAACAUAGUUGAAAAUGAAUAAAAAAUUUUAGAUUAAAACCCAUAUAGUCCAUCCCUGGUGGCACAGUGGUUAAGAAUCCGCCUGCUGGGGCUUCCCUGGUGGC